UGCAGGACAUUUCGUAAAAGGGGAUGCAUCUUGGCAGUGUGGCACAGUUAUCUUUUUGUCGACGAAUAGUAACGAGUUUAAAACUGGAACAGAUUCACGUCAAAAUUAUGAAACUAAAAUUGUACAUCUUUUUUCUUCUGGUUGGGUUUGUGACAAGUGUUCCCAUGCCGGAACUUGUUUACGAGGACAAAGGUGAUACAUCAGCCCCACAAAUAGUCGAGCCAUCAUACUCGCCGGAACCGUCCCCCCAAAUCGUCGACACGCCAUCAUAUUCGCCGGAACCGUCCCCCCAAAUCGUCGACACGCCAUCAUAUUCGCCGGAACCGUCCCCCCAAAUCGUCGACACGCCAUCAUAUUCGCCGGAACCGUCCCCCCAAAUCGUCGACACGCCAUCAUAUUCGCCGGAACCGUCCCCCCAAAUCGUCGACACGCCAUCAUAUUCGCCGGAACCGUCCCCCCAAAUCGUCGACACGCCAUCAUAUUCGCCGGAACCGUCCCCCCAAAUCGUCGACGCGCCAUCAUAUUCUCCAGAACCGUCCCCUCAACAAGACUACGUGGCUGCUUCUCCAGUAAACGAUUACGCCGAGUCCUCUGCUCACUCAUCGUCAGAUCCACUCCCACCCGUUUACACACCAGCAGCCUACCCCACUACCGACCCCACAGUUUAUACGGCUCCUCCCCCUUAUGAGGGUCAAAACGUGACAUACCUCUAUCCCAAGGAGACUCGCUCUUACAAUGAAGAAGAGCCAGAAAUUGAAGAGAGAGCCCAUUCAGUUCACUCCACGUACAAAAAGGAACAGCCCCACGAAUUUGAACGGCCAAUUGAACCAAUGGAAGUAGAAGUUUUCGACCCGUACAGUUUCGCAGCUUCCGGUGGAAGCGGGACAACGGAUGCGCCCUACGUUUCUGAGGAAGAAAUUUACGUGGUGCAAAGUCCUGCAGAGGACAAGAAGCAAACUCCAUACCCAGAAGAAGAAAAGGUUGAGGAGCCAUAUCCACAAGAAGCUUAUCCAAACCCCCCGUCCCAGACAAAUUACGAUCAAAAGGAGGUAUUUGACGGCUUAUCAUCCGAAUCAGAAGUCUACCCAGCACCACCCCAACAACCCUCCGCAUACAUUUCCGAAGAAAAAAUAUAUUCCCCACCAGCCAAAAAACCCUCCACAUACAUUUCCGAAGAAAUAUAUUCCCCACCAGCCAAAAAACCCUCCGCAUACAUUUCCGAAGAAAAAAUAUAUUCCCCACCAGCCAAAAAACCCUCCACAUACAUUUCCGAAGAAAUAUAUUCCCCACCAGCCAAAAAACCCUCCACAUACAUUUCCGAAGAAAUAUAUUCCCCACCAGCCAAAAAACCCUCCACAUACAUUUCCGAAGAAAUAAUAUAUUCCCCACCAGCCAAAAAACCCUCCACAUACAUUUCCGAAGAAGAAAUAUAUUCCCAACCAGCCACAAAAACUGACGAGGAAUCCUUCAGCAGCUCAUUUCUCCAAGCGUUUGAUCAAAUUUUGAUUGCAAGCGACCGUUACCGAACGUCUCUCACUAAACCGCUCCAUGUCCUCGUAGAAGACGCUUCCGGCCGGAGAGGUGUGGUCACCUGCAAACUACAACGAACCCGAAUUGUCGUGACAAGGGGGGUGAAAGCCCUCUUGGAGUCGUACCCCCACUGGGUCAAGUUGGGGACCACGAUUGAGGAGUCUCACUGCAGACAGGAUUCGAAAAUGGCCCUCGUCGCCUACUCGUCGCAACUGGCGAAGGUGGCGCAGGAUUUGGCAGGAAUGGAGGACAUGGACUUGGACGACAUCCUAGACGCUCCAAAUGCAGCUUUCAAACGAUUGGAACAGAUUGUCCUUCAAACUCUCGCCUUAUUUGGACCUCUCACUAAUUUAGACGACCAUCAUUCGCACAAUAACGGACAUCACGAAGUAUAUUCCCCGUCCUAGUUGCCAAUUUCGCGUUUUAAAAACAUUCAAUCAUUCUCUUAAAUAAAAUACAUAAAAAUACUUUAUUAUUCAAAUUCA